AUGGAUGUGAAAAAUUUUAUUGAUUCAGCGCUUCAUAGACUACCACAACCAGAAUCUCAUGAAAAAAAAAAAUAUUAUAAAAUUGGAAAAACAUUAGGUUCAGGAGCUUAUGCGUCAGUAAAAGAAGCAGUAAAAACAACUACAGGCCAUAGAGUUGCGAUAAAAGUUAUUCAAAAACGUAAAGUAAGGAAUCAAGAAGCCAUGGUUUACAAAGAAAUGGAAAUAUUAUCCAAACUAGACCAUCCUAAUAUUGUGAAAUUUUAUGAUUGGUUCGAAUCAAGAGAUAAAUACUAUCUGGUAUUUGAACUUGCGACAGGUGGAGAAUUAUUUGAAAGAUUGAUUGAUGUUGGCAAAUUUACAGAAUCUGAUGCUAUAGAAAUUCUCAAGACUAUACUUGGAGCUGUCAAAUAUCUUCAUGAACAUAAUAUUGUACAUCGAGCCUGA